UUUAUUCUAAUUUUAAACGGCGAACUGAAUAUCCAUUUUUAAUCUGGGAUGGAAGUGAAACUCAAGAUGUACCUGAAGCUAUCCCAAACUUAAUACCAUAUAAUCCAUCUUCAUUAGAAAAUUCUGCCGAAGAAGGUGCUAAGGAUAUAAACCGGCGUCAAGAAAUUGAAUCUAAAAUAGCUUUAUUAAAUCGUUUAGUUGGUCAUUUAAAUACAGAGUUAACAAGCAACAAUUUACAACAUGUAGAGGCAAUUAUAAAUAACUUAGGUCAUGCUUUUACAGUCAUUACUGAUAUAGAAACAGCACAAAACAGGCGACAGCGUAUUCCUACUUGGCGGGGAUCAAAACCUUGGACUUUAUUUUUGUCUUAG